AUUAAAAUAAAUAGAUAGAAAAAUCUAUCUAAGAUUAUAAUUUCAAAUAUAUACAUGCAUAUUCUUAAAUAUAAUUUUUAUGUGUAGUUAAAUCAAAUUAAUAUUAAAAUAUUGAUAUGAAAAGAAAAUUUACAAUAUUAAUAACAUUUUAUUUUAAAAUAUAAUUUAUAUUUAUCUGUUAAAAAAUAUUUUAGAUUUUUUUACUGCACAUGGUGCAAGAAGACACUUAGUAUACUAAAAACAAUUACUAUUCUUGUUAUAAAUUUCUUACUCUGUGUAAUUAUUCAUAUAGAAUUUUAAAAAGGUCAAUAGUAGUCAAACUUCUUUUAGUGAGUCCAAUCUGACGCCGAGCAAUUAUUGCGUCCACAUGACAAAAGUUUAUUCGCGCCUGCAGCUCUUCUCUCGUACUUGCCAAUUUCGCUCUUUUAUUUAACUUUUACAGUAAAAUAAUAUACUUUCUAGUUUUAAUCCGAUAAUAGCAUAGGCAAGUGAGGGCAUGUUUAUUGGUACAACCCAUUGGGGUUUCUUAACCAAUAUUAUAUCAAUUAACUUAACUUAAUUGACGUAAUUGAAAACUUUUAAUUUUCUAUCCUAUAUUGGUACAAUCCUAUUGGGGUCUCUUAACCACUUCUCCUUCAUUUUCAUCGUGACUUUGAGCUUCAAACAUCUUGUACCAAUUCAAGCACUCCUUCCUCGAUCACCAUCCUUUCACAAACUUCAAUCUUCACCGCGAACUCCUUUAAACUCUGAUUUUUGACAAAUCACAAAAACAAAAUCUGAUCAAAACGACCAGAAGCUUUAUUCAAUCAAUCUGAAACAGAGAUAAAAGAAAACACUUGAAGAACAGCUCUGGUUCAGAUUGAAAACACCACAAAAGUCUGCAACUGCGAAAAUCAAACUCAAAUUUACAGAGAAUACUGUCUAGAGCGUCGAUCUUGAGGGGAAGAAGAAAUCCAUUUUUUUAUGUCAAAAGAAAAUAAAAUAAAAAAACAACAUAUCUUUUAAACAAACGUCUCUUAUUGUCCUUAAAUAAGACACGUUCUUCCCUUUUUUCCCUAUUUUUGAUUUAUUUUAAAUAUGUUUUCACCUAAGAGAUGAGCUUAAGAGACACCUAUAAAAGCUAUUAUCAACCUAGUCGAAAUAUAUUGAUAUAUAUAUAUAUAUAUAUACAUUGUGUUGUGGCCUUUGUUCACUAGUGGGUUGUGAAAGGAGCGAUGAAUUUCGACAUUGGAGCAGAUCCAUCAGCUGAAGAAGGUGGUGAAGACGAAGGAGUUGAUGACCAAGCUGUAAAGGUUGUUGAUAUCAUCGAUACUUUUAGGCUUCAGGAGCAACCACCGUUUGACAAGAAACAGUUUGUGAUGUUCAUGAAGAGAUACCUAAGGCAAACAGUCCCUAAGCUAGAGUCGGAAAAGCAAAAGAUAAUCAAGAAACACAUUGAUAGUGCUACCAAGUUUUUGGUGUCAAAGCUCAAAGACUUUCAAUUGUAAGCUCUUAUCAUCUCUUACAGUAUUUUCGAUAAUUUUUUUUGUCAAAUUGCGUUUUAUUAUUUGGUGAUUAUUUAAACGAAUGUAAUCACAGCUUCAUAAUGCACAUAGAUUAUACAAAUAGAUUUUCUGAGAAUUUUUAAAAAUACGACAAUAUUGUUUUAAUGCAUAGUUGCAUCUCGUACAAACAUAUGAUGAUGUUCAAAGAGUUUUGGAGCCUUUGUUGUCUCCGUUUUUCAAGAAAAUAGUGAUUUUAUAAUGGUUAUUCCAUUGAUUUAGGAAGUAUUAUGAAGUUUUACUAAAUUAAUUCAUAAAAGAAUUAUAACGACUCCCAUAUAUCAUUAAAAAGAGCUUAAAAUACCUUAAUAUAAAUAUAGAAUGUGGUUAGCAAAUUUAAAACAACAUUAAAGAUUAUAUGCUUAGUAUAUAAAACAUUUACCAAAAACUCAAUAUUUUCGUAGGGUUUUAACACAUAGAUUUUGACAAAAUUU